AUGACAACAACGGAAGUGAACCAGAAAUUGUGGUGGCAAAAAAGGCCGCCACUAAGAGACCAGGUCAAGCCCCGUAAUGCUGAUUCUGGGCUAAAGCAGGUUGCUAGCCGCACUGGUGAGCCUGGUGUUGCUUGUGGGCUCUCCGCUGGCUGGGAUGGACUGACUGAGCUUCUACCCGCUGUCGUGCUGCCUGAUUCCAGACCGACAGCCGCUCGUACCCUCCUCCGUCCCGAUGAUGGCCCAUCCUGCCAUCCGAACCCCUGCCCUGGUGAGCAUCCUUCUGUUCCCCGCAUCACUCUCUUCCGGGGGACCCAUCCGAGUCCUCCAUCCCCACUCACUCAUCUAGUCUCCUUGCCCCACCCGGCCACCGCCCCCGAAACUGCAACAUCCAUCGGUCUUGCAGAGCACCGACUCCAGAGGCGAAAGCUCAACCCGCCGACUACGAACUCGCGCCCCCAGGAACAGCGUCCUCUCUCAAGUCUCGUUCGAUGA